AUGCAGGCCAUCGCUUCUGCUUCCAGCAUGGAAGGGGCGCGCUCUUUCUUCCGCUCGCUGGACGCCGCCAUCUUCCUCUUCUCGCGCGUCUCCAACAUCCCACACCGCAGCCUCGUGCUGCCCUGUGUCUGCACCAACGACCGCUUCACUCUCGGCGCCGAGCUCUUUGUAACCACACACCCCCCCACGCACCACUUCCUCCCUUUAGUCAUGCCUCUCAUGCCACCUGCCAUACUGACAAAAGCCGCUACCCAUCUCUUCACCCCCUCCAUUGCCUAUCAGUGCAGUGUGACCCACAUUGGCCCCGCAUUAGCAUUGCAUGGCCAUGCCAUUUCUCCUUCCACUCACUCCAGUGAUUUGUCCCAGUUUUCAUCUAAUCCCAGUAUCCCUCCACUGUGUCUUUGUGCGUGCAACCGGCCCUUCCCGUAUGCGUGUUGGCGCACCACAUGGUGUGGGCAUCAGGACGGCAGCAUCAUCCGCGGGCAGAACGACAUCUCACACCCCGCUGUCGUGGACAGCCCACGCCACCUGUUGCUCUCCGUUGACAAGGUCGCCCUGCUGCCACCCCCCUGCUGCAAUGCCACGUCUGCACGCCUUGCCGCCGCCCCUCACACCCACACACGUCCACCACCCAGGUUGAUGGAGCGUGCCUCACGUGUGCUCCUGCUGCCUGUCUUUCUCUCCCUUUUCCUACCCGCAUUCUCUCUGCAGUCUUGUGACGCGUCGCCUCCUCUGCCCGCGCCCAUUCGCAGUGUGUUCUACAUGUCGAGUGAAGGCACCAACCUGCUGCAUGAGGUGUUCCCUUGUGUGAAUCCGCGAGUGCUGGAGCACAUGGCAUCAGUGGAUGCCAUCAUCUAUGGCAUAGGCUCCCUCUUCACCUCCAUCUGCCCCUCCCUCGUACCUACCUACACCCCUCCUUUCUUACCACCUCCUCGUCUUCACCAUUUGUGUUCAUCUCCCUCACUUCUUGCUCCUGUCAUGCUCUCACUUUCGCUGUUUUAUGCCAAUAGUUAUCCAUUUAUGUCUCCCAUUUUCGUUGCCCUCACCACUGUCCCGUCUGCAAUCCCUUUCCCCCGAACCUUAGAUCUUGCGACGGGUGGGAGAAGCAAUCGCCGCACGAGCAUGUCCCAAGAGAGAAAGGCUCUCGGUGGCAUCACAUGUUGUGGAGCAUGUUCCCCUCGUUUGCCCCACGUGCGCAUGGCAUGGCUGCGAAGGGGAGGGGCGCGACGGGGCCUGCUAGGGGCGUAA